CUGAUGGAUUCUGGCUGUACAUAAUAUGCUAAUGCCAAAAAAGUAUAAAACUAUUGUCAUGUACUAAGUAGCAGUCAGAUGCCCUAUUGCACUAACAUACUAGUAAUUAUAUAUUUUUUCUAAUUAUCAUCAAAUCUUUUUGGUUAAAUAGAUCUAACUGAACGCAGCUGCACAAAAUUCUGAGUCGUGAAAACUAAUGACAAAGUAAAACACAUGCCAGACGCUAUUUAACAUAUUUUACGAUUGUUGUAUAUAGGACUAGUAUCCUUUUAAACAUUCUUGAUAUGUCAGUUACCAUUGUUUACUUAAUUCUAGCCCAUAUAAAAUCGUUCUGAUUUUUCUUCUGCUUAAUAGCCAAUUGUAUCGGAGGGAGACAACUUUUUUCACUUUUGUUGGAAGUGCAGUAUCUUUUAUAAAAAAAUAUGUUUGAAAUUUACUCAAACAGGUGAAUUUAACUUAUUAUAGUGAUGAAUGUAAGUGUUUAUCAGUACUACAGAUACCAUUAGUUAUUUCUUAAAAAAUAUACAUGGUGGCCAUUUUGGAUUUUUCGGCCAUAUUGGACUUUUGGAGUGGGUUUCAUGCUCUUUUUUUGCCCUUAAGUAGUUAGGAAUCAAUUUUUGUGCUUUUCCUAUUUUCUGAAGUACUUUUACACGAUUUUACUGGAGUAAUAGAAUAAAGAAGGGCUGAAAUCAUAACUUCCUAAAUUGUUCCUUACAACCGAGGUUUGUUAUAAUCGUGCUCUAUAUUAUCUGUGUCUAACACAUAUUUUAAAAUAAUACUAUAAUUUAUGCAAUGCUGUUUGUAAAUGAUAAUAAUAUCGCAAACUAAUAACUUUUCUAUACAUUUUUAACCCAUGUGAAGAAAUCAUGUUUUCUUAUCUCUGUACCGAAUUAAAGAUUUCUUUUUAUAGUGAAAUAACUACUUAGAAGAGCGAAAAGAUGGAAGAAUGCAGUGAAAAGAACUAGUUAGAAGAGCGAAAAGAUGGAAGAAUGUAGCCCGGCUUCUGAUCUUUGUAUUGAGAGUAAAGGUUUUCAGAACUGGAUGAAAUGUAUCUGUGCACACAAUGAAACAAGGAAAGCGCUCUGUGAGGUCGUAGAAGUCAAAUGGAAAGGUUACUUGUCAAAAAUGACAGAGGAAGAGAAAGAUCAAAUAGGAACGUUUUUAGAGUGUUUAAAAUACGGAAAGAUAGAUAAUCUGAAGACGAGACAGAAUGAAGCAGUUCUAGAAUGUGGCCAUGCUCUAUGCGGUUCGCUACUUCAAAAGUUGUUACAACUUUCUAAAAACGAACAAAGACCAAGCGAUGAUGAAACCUGUGGUAUACCUUCUUCCGAUUCUUGUUACCAACUAUACUGGGAUAUUGCAAAGUUGUAUUGUGCUGAAGACGAAGGUGUAACAAAAGCUGGCCUGAAAGGACUAGAUAUAUUUUUCUUGUCAAGAAUGAUGAACAGUUGCAAGCUGUUCGCCUUCGAAGGUUCCGAAGAAAUAUAUAACGUUAUAUGUGAGGACAGAGAUGAAUUGUUUCAUUCAAGUGACAACAACAUUGCAGAUGAGAAAAGAAGCAUAAUGUUGGAACAUGUGUCAAAUUUGCUUUCAAACUUUUGUGGGUCUAGACUUAAAAUGUGUGAAGAUGCUAUUGGUGACAUUCAGCAGAUUGAAGAGAAAGAUUGGCUUUCAGAGUAUCAGUAUGAAUACAAACAAAUAGCAAGACAAACUCUUGAGCACAAAGUGGAUGCCAUCAAAUUAGACAUGACUUUUCGUCCAGACGAGACCUUGCAGGAGCUACUGAAUUCAUCAGAGAAUCUAUUACAGAAGGUCAAAGGAAAUGAUUUCAUUGAAGAAAACAAAAGGCCAGAAGAAAGUGUUGCUCAACUUGAAAAAGAAAGUUGUCAAGCGAGGCUUCUACUCAUGGCACAUUGUUACUUCUUUAACUUUUGCUGUGACAUCAAUCCUGUACAAUCAACAUCAAGCGAAAUACAAGUUACCUGCCUAGGAAGUUUUCAAGAUAUUUUUAUUCAAAUGGACGGAACAUCCAUUCUUUUUGACCCGCUCGAAACCGAACUGCUAGAAACAGACAACUAUUUUCCUCGAAAGUUUUAUCACCAUGGAAACAUCAAAUUUAGAAAUGAAUUGCACAAUGUCCGGUUGGAUUCCGUGGAUUCCAAAGCUUUGAGGUUGGAUGCCGUAGUUUUGAGUACUUGCCUAUACUCUUUUACUGAGACCACGGUGAAGAAAAUCACACAAAAAUCACCAAGCGUCAAAUGGUUAACACCAACCGAAAGGAAAGACUGGUUGAUUAGCAUUGGCGUAAAGGAAAACAGUAUUAGAGAAUUUGCUGUUUGGGAGGACAGAGAGAUACAUCUUCAUGGUACUCCAAUGAAGUUUACCUGUACUAAAGCAAACAUAAACAGUACAUCACUACAUCGAAAAAAGUGUAACAGCUGCGGCUGGGUCAUAAAGGGGCCGACGAGAACAUUCUAUUCUUCUGGAAUAACAAACUACCAUGAGAAAGACUUUAAAGCGGUUGCAAAGCGGUACAGACAUAUUGACUUGGCAUUAUUACCGAUUAAUACUAAAUGGAAUAUGUCAUGCGAGGGUGGAUUCAAAGUCACGUUAAAUGAAGUUAUAAAAAUGCAUGUAGAUAUUGGAUCUCAAAAAUCACUUGGCAUUGGCAAAGCCCGGGAUGACCAGGUCCAGGAAAGUUUGGAUCUGGAACAGGAAAUGAAGAAAUUGCAAUUAGACCCUUCCACAUUAUUAUAUUUAGAACCUGGGAAAAAGUACGAAAAUAAAUAGGCGAUUCAGAGGAUGACAAAACUGUGGCUUAUAACUUCAAACAGUCCUACACACUGUAUCUGAGUAGACAAAUCAAAUUAGAAGCAAGUACGGAAAGGAACAUAAGUAGUAUAUUAUUAUGAGGGUUUUGGCGUUUUGACUUCAUUCUGACCCUAAUCCUUGGCCCAAACUGACCUAUGCUGACCCAGUACCCUUGGUACUGUGAAAACCUUCGAUUUGACCAAUUCAAAAAACCUCCGGUUUGAUGGACGUAAGUCCCUGGGAGCUGGAAGCUCACUCAAAGUUAAAAAAAAAAAACUACAGGUUUUGAACCCAGUGAAAAAAAAAUAUUUACUGACCAUUUUAUUACAUGAUUAUAAAAAAAUCUCUAUAUAUACCGUCUUAUAUUAAAGACACAACUGACUUUAUUGAAAAGAUUAAAAGUUUCAAAUUCAAGAGUAAGGCUACUUAUUAAGUGACACUAGAUGUUUCUUCUCUAUACACAAACAUACCGUACAGCGACGGAAUCGACGCAUGUAAAUAUUUUUUGGACGAGCGUUGCCAUGGAAGAUUGAAAAGUGACGAUGUCGCAAAACUCAUUAAACUUGUUCUGCAAAAUAACUAUUUCAAAUUUGAUGAAGAUUUUUAUCUCCAAAAAAUGGGCACUGCGAUGGGCAGCUCAAUGGCACCAACAUACGCAUCGUUAUUUAUGGGAAAAUUUGAACAAGACUUUCUUAGAAAUCGAGAUCUACAACCGACACUUUGGCUGCGUUUCCUGGAUGAUAUUUUUAUGGUGUGGGAUCAUUCCUUGGAAGAACUACAACUUUUCAUCAGAGAGUUAAACAGUUUUCAUCCUGACAUAAAGUUUACGCAUACUAUUUCACAAGAGUCGCUCUCAUUUUUAGAUGUAAAUAUAUCCAAGGGAGAGAAUUUAUGUGUCGAAACUAACAUAUACGGUAUGUGAAAGAAACUAAUAACCACCAGUACUUGGACUAUACAUCAUGUCAUCCCAAACAAUGUAAGAACGGUAUUCCGUAUAGUCAAGCAAAACGUUAUAGACGUAUAAUAUCAGAUGAUGACAAGUUCAAACAUUCAUUAUCACAGCUUCGUGAAUUCUUCGUUGACAGAGGUUACCCACAUGAUGUGUUAGACCGUGCCUUCCAAAAAGUAGUCAAUAUAUCUCAGCAAGACAGCAAGAAGCUUUACAGACUCAAGUUGGGGACAAAAAUAGUGUAAUUCCUUUUACUAUUGUGUAUGAUCAAGCGCUUCCACGUAUUGGUAACACUAUUAAUAAAUACUGGAAUAUUUUGAACCUAUCAAAAAGCUUUACAACUAAAUCCGUUUAUGAGAAUUGUAAACCUGUUGUUGCCUAUAAACGUCCUUAAAAUUUACAAGAUUAUUUGAUAAGUUCAGAGUUCAAUAAGCAAAGUGAUAAACUUUAUCUCUCACAGAGAUGUAAUGGUAGUCGAUGUUCUCAUUGUACUAAUAUCGAAACAGGUUCAGAAUUUACCAGUCAAAUGACUGGUCAAGCAUACAAUUUACAUCAUAACGUAAACUGUAAAACUAAAUGUGUAAUUUAUUUGAUUACUUGCAAAAAAUGUGACAAACAGUAUGUGGGACAAACUAAGCAACCUGUAUCAAAACGCAUGAACAGUCACCGAUUUGAUAUUAAUAGUUUUACUGACCCUACUUCUUCCUCAGUGGUUGCAUCACAUUUCAAUUUACGAGAUCAUUGCUUAAAGGACUUUUCUUUUAUGCCUAUUGAUGUUGUAAGAAAUGACAUUGAUCGUCUCUGCAAAGAAACAGUGUGGAUACAUAAACUGAAAACGCUCUAUCCAGAUGGUUUAAAUUCUAAAGUUUUAUUUGAUAUUAAUUGACCAAUUAACUACUUGUAUUGAUCUAUAUAUAUAUAUAUAGAUAUGUAAUGCCGAGUAUAUUGUUGUUUUUUCCUAUUUCUGUUUUUUAUAUAAAUAAGUAUAGGAAAUUAUGUAUAAACACUAUCCGACAAUUUAUUCGGUAUGUUUGUUAAAUUCGUUUAAAGAAACGUUAUUUUGAAUUCAUUUAACAUUUUAAAUAAUGUAGAUCUAAACUUUGUAUACAUUUUACCGCCUUUUUACGCGACGUUGUUUAACGACGUCACGUCCGUUGUUUUUAAUUUGUUAUUCUUCCCUGAUGAAGGCUUAACGCCGAAACGUUGGAAGUUAAUAAUUAUCUAUGAACAAACGCUACACGUGUUGUUGUUGAUUUUUCCUAUUUAUUUAAAAUAUUCAGAAAUAGAAACAUGUCAAUAAAAGAAACUUACCUACCUGUGGUAUGUCCCCAGGGUUUGCAUUUUAUUAAAAACCCGGAAGAAACUUUAAACUCCACGCUGAAAAACAAUUUACAAUAGUUUAUGACGCACGGUGUACUAAUAUAAACAUAUCGGAUUUACAACGCUAGCUUUAUGAAUAAAGUAUAGUAAAUAUUAUUCCCACGUACAUUGUAUGACAUUGAGUCAUUAUUAAAUUAUGCGCACUACUUUUAAAAGUCAACCAAUGAAAAUAAUGCCGAAAAAUUUCGUAAAACUUCGGCAGUUUCCGUUAAAAUAUUAAAGAUAAAUAUAUCUUUGCGACAGUAGAUCACUACCAGCAGUCAAAUAAAACAAAAGGGACAAAAUUACAUUCGACUUUUUUAAUGCAUUGUUUAGAUAACCUGCUUUUAUGGCCCUGACUUUAUAAGUUUAUCUGUGCGUUAUAUUGAAGGAAAUGUUUUAACCAUUUAUUCAUCUCAUAAAAUAUUCUCUAUUAAAAGAUUUUUUUCUAGCCAUUUAAUCAUGUAUUUUCCCCAUUAAGACAGCUAUCUAAUAUGUUUUUACGAAUAAAAUUAAUUGAACUUUAAAAUAGUUUUCAUCGAACGCUUGGUGUGUGUGAAUAUGGUGAAAAGGAAUACCAUAUGUCAGACUUAAAUCUGAUACAUGUAUGAUUGAAUAAUUUCUACAUUUUCAAUCUUUUCUGUACGUUGUCAAUAAUUUGACUUUAUUCUGGAGUUCGCGUGGGUGGGUGAGUUCAAAACCUUACUUUUUGCGUAAAAAUCUCUAUAACUCUUUCUAUAUUAGAAAACCAUCCAGCUGGUGGCUCGAGCCAGAUUCGUAACCAUGCUUGAACCAAUUCUCGAUGCGGUCCUCGGUGUCAUAAAAGCUGUAAAAGUCGUCAUAUGGUGUCGUUGUUACUCGUAAACUGGCAGCAACAACAUUGACUUCUGUUUGGUAAAUCUCCCUAUCCUAUUAUUGAAAGUGUUUCCUUCGUAAUUGAAAACACAACGUGUUACAAGAAUGUUAUACUACUUUCGACAUUUAUCUGUAUUGUCAGUGGUUUUAAGAUUCUCGAAAUAUACAGCGCAAUGUUUCAUAAAAAAAAUAAAACACUUGAAAGACAGAUACUAGUUACAUUUAUUCGGUUUCUCUGUAGUAAGCUGGCGUUAAAUGAUGAUGGACUAUCUUAAAAUUAGUGAGUUGUCCGCGUCCAGCACCUCGUCACCCACUCCCUCUCUUUUCUCAACCCACCAAAAACUAUAUUUAGCAUCGUAUGUCUAUACAUCUUUUCAUCCGAGUUUGUAUCAUGCAUAUUUUAAAAGCUAAGCUAAUGUCCCAAAAUAUCAUAUUAUUAUUCAGCAUUGGAAGUUGUUGACCUAGGAUUCUGUUUUGGAUUUCAUUCAGGUAGACCAAUGUCAUGGAUUUUGACUUGAUUAAAAUUUGCAUCAAAGGCUUAAUUGUUUGUGUCUCACAUAUCUCACAAAGUAUUUGACUUAGAGUCAAGAAAUAUAAAAGGAUCAUUAUAUAGCAUGUGACAAUUAAGGAUAUGUUUUGGACUUCACUAAAUUUGACCAGAGUUUUGUUCCGUGACAGUCAAACACAUGCAUGAAGGGCUUAAAAUGAUGCAUCAAAAGUUUCUCAAAAAGUAUUUUAGGGUUAUGAAUCAUUAUAUUUGAUUGUUAUUCAACAUAUGUAGUUGUGUACCACAUGUUUUGUUCGUGAAUUUAUCAACAAGACCAAAUUCUUGGCGGUUGAUUGAGUACCUGUUAUGCGUAAAGGGCUUAAACAUUUUGUCUUAUAGAUUAACGAAAUUAUUUGACCAAGUCCUGAAACCAUACUGGAACUAUUAUUUGCUACCAGACAUUUUGUUUGGCAUUUUAAUUUUAUUGAAAAAAUUCUUUAACUUUUUACUUCUGUACGUGUAAUAUGACAUGACUGAUACAAGUUUUUGCGUAAAUUCCAAAAAGUAUGUUAUUUUUUUCCCGAGAAAAUUUCUGAUAUAAUAUAAUAUACAGAAUGCUCAUUCUCAUCAAAACAUUUUUUCAGCUGAAACUUUUUAAAAAAAAUUACUACAUACAACGUAAGUGGCUAACAUCACACACAACAGAACGAAAACAUAACACUCACUAGUGUUCAUGCCUUUUUCUGAGUUAUUUAGAUAAAUUUUCAUUUUAAAGUAGAGGCAUUUUUACAAAAGAGAGAGAGAGAGAGAGAGAGAGAGAGAGAGAGAGGGAGAGAGAGAGAGAGAAAAACAUGCAUGUGUUUUCAUUUGCUUAUUUCUGAGUUUAUUGUUUAAUGUGUUUUCCUUCAAAUAUAUUUACAUUAAAGUUAAUCAUACAUUAUCACUUGAACAGGGUAUAUUUUAUUGCAUACAUCUAG